GUAAAGCUCAGCAUCGCAUUGUACAGCCCUGGGGGUGACCCAUUGACUGGCGCAUACGCACUACUAUGGAGUGGCUUUGGAUCGCCGUGGCAACAUGUGUGCUCACGUCCCACUCUGUCAAAGGCAACGACUGGUGGUGGGAGUAUGAGGAGGGGAUACGACACUACAGCAAGGAGGCCCUCCAGAAGGAGUUUCCAGAGAAAACUCGGCCGGUGAGCUUCAAACAUCCGUUGUUUCAGUGUCCGGACAUGAGUCCCUCUCCGUCUGUCCCGUCCUCAGUUGAAUUUGUGAAAGCGGCAGAUAUCAAAGUCAUCGCUGCCCUGGGAGAUUCAUUGACGACGGGCAUAGGCGCCAACGCCACCACCGUCCUCGGGAUUCCCAUCGAGUAUCGUCACGUGUCGUGGAGUAUCGGAGGCUACGGCUCAUUUCAGGAUGCCAUUACUUUGGCAAACAUCAUCAAGCUUUUCAACCCCAGCCUGCUGGGUGCUGCUCCGGGGAAGACAGUUCACGGGAUGCAGGCUCAUAUCAGUGACACAGGCUUCAACCUGGCUGUGACUGGACACAACACCUUCAACCUUCCCAGCCAAACGAGACAUCUGAUCGACACUCUGAGGGGUUACGAGGGUCUGAACUUCGAGGAGGACUGGAAGCUUUUGACCAUCCUCAUGGGCAUGAACGACAUCUGUGAUUACUGCAAAGAUAAGGCUCUCUUUUCAGUGGAUAACUUCAUUCACUACAUGACUGUCUCCUUGGAAAUGCUUAUGAAUGAGGUUCCUCGUAUGAUCGUUAACGUCGUUCAGAUCCUGCCCAUGCAGACUCUGAGGGAGGUGCAGAAGCCCACCCCGGGGUGCCUGCUCCAAAGAUCUUUCUGCUCGUGCCUGAUAGAGCCAGAAGCCAAGUCUCCUGAACUGCAGGAGCUGAUAGAAGUUAAUCUGGAGUUCCAGAAAAGACUUGAGGAGCUGCUGUUCACCGACCGUUUCUUCAGGGACGACUUUGCCGUCGUUCUUCAGCCCUUCCUGAAACACGCUGACCCUCCCCGCCUCCCGAAUGGGAAGAUCGACAUGACCUUCUUCACUCACGACUGCUUCCACUUCACCAUAAAGGGGCACGAGGAGCUGGCCAAGGGGCUGUGGAACAACAUGUUUCAGCCCGAAGGAGGAAAAAUGAUUGUGAGCAGCUUCUCCGACCCCAUCAGUCUCAUCUGUCCACCUCUGGAACACCCAUAUAUCUUCACCCGACCCAUCGCAGCCAAGUCCGGCCAGCCUCCUCUGCAGUCUGAUGCUCUGUCACAGGCAGCCGCCUCCCUCCUGCUCUCUCUCCUCGUGGCUUUGGGACGUCUCGGACUCGUGUAGCUUUUUCACUCUUGCUGGACUAUUUUACAAGCCUGUCACUGCUCCAUCGGUUACUGUCGAGACGAUACAGUGGAUCACCUGCAGAGGAGAGUUCGUGAGCCACUCUUUUGCAACUUUGCAUGUCUGUGGCCCCCCCCCACACACACACCGAAUAGCAGCACAGAGGAAAUUUACUGCUGUUUUUUUUUUUUCUUUUUAAAGAUCUGAACGCCCCCGAGUUAACGUGACAGAGAAUCCUGCCUCCUGAAUAUUUAAUUUCUUAGGCAGUUGGAGGUGGUGAGCAAACAGUUUUCUGUUUUGCCUCAUACAUUUUUAGUUCAUCAAGCACCAAAAUGUUUGACCUGGUUUGACCACACACACACCACCUGUGGGGACGAUCAUCUGCGUUUCUCUCACAUUUGUAAUUAAAAUAAUACACUGUAGGUGUUUUUUCUUUCUUUCUUUCUUUCUUCUUCUUUUUUUUUUUUUUUUUAAAGGAAAAGUCGUGCUGCUGUGACUUAACUGCAGAUUUUGUAACUAGGGAAACAUCAAGUAACAACUUUUGAAUUUGUUCAUGUGACAUUUAUACAUUCAUACUUAAGACAUUAA